AUGAACCAACUUCCAAUUAUAUCACAAAGAGCUUCACGACAUCCUGAAACAAUAUUUGGAAUAGCCCCCUUUGAUGUUAUAGCAGACAUUCUCAUUGGCUUGGCAAAUGACAAUGAGCGUAUUCUGGACCACUUAUCAGAGCAUGCCGGCUCAUUUAAGCAACCAAAAGUGAUAGAACUGGUCUUCCUAUUGUCAGUCCACUGGUGUCAGGACAACUCUACUAAGUACCAGGCAGUGGAAUUAUUAGACAGAUUCAUGAUCUUACACGUAGAGGAGCUAUACAAAUCCAGCGCUGAGAGCUUGAAUGUGAUGGAAUCCUCCCAAGUCAAGAGUUGGGGUUCACUAAAGGCCAGUUUAUGUCAUAAGUUCAUGCUCCAUUUGGCGUCCUGUAUUCAGAUCACAAGCAAGUUACAUUUCCACUCCAAGAUCAUCAACAACCCCAUGGUUCUGCAGUUUUUGCGAUCGGCGGGUUACGCUUAUAAGAGAGAGGAUCCUCUGAGAUCUGAACUUACAGUGUUGAAGACUCUUAAUUUCCGUAUGAAUAUCCACUCUCCUUUCGCGUAUGUAGAAAUGCUUCUGGAGGUUUUAGAGCAUAAUGGCUGUUCUCUGCCGCUGAAGGACGUACAUAAUAUGUGUGUAAUGGUCAUGGAUUUGGUUUAUUUACUGAGAACCCCUAUGUAUGAAGCGCUUCUAAAGGCAUCUGUAGACGUCUCCACACCAACUAGUUUACAAAGGAGCAAGUUUCUUUCAGUUAAAGAAGAUCAGAUGUUCUUGGGUACCGGAGUCAUUUCUGCCAGUACCUUCAUAGUAAGCCAAGACGCCUGGAAUCAGGUUCUGGAGCACUUGAGUAACAUCACAGGCAUUUCAGUAAACUCAGUGUUUGAGCUGUGCUCUGCCAUCCUGAAGCACUGUGUAGGAGAUACUGCGCUGCUCAGUCAUUAG